AUGCCCGACUCCCCACCACAACAACGACCACGCUCCCGCUCUCGCUCUCCACCCCGCCAGCCCAAGAAGUCCUCCACCGGCGGCUUCCGAUGGAAGGAGAAGCGUCGUCCGGAGCGCGGGGACGACGACGACGCCCGAAGGUUGGAUCGGGGGUAUCGCGCGCGGUCGCCGCGGCGGGAGUACGAUUCUCGGGAUGAUGCUCGAGGGGGUGGGGGUAGGGGUGGGUAUGAUUCCCGGGAUCGACGGGACUACUCCGGUCGAGAUGGACGGGAUGCGAGAGACCGUGAGCGUGAUCGUGAUCGGGGGUAUCGCGAUCGCGAGAGGGAUGACCGGUACCGCGACCGGAAUCGCGACAGCUACGCACCCCGAGGUCGGGACGACCGCGACCGCGACCGCGACCGACCGGCCGAAAAACCCACCUCCACCGACGACCCCACCAAGAAGGAGAAGAAGGAGACGAAGAAGAAGAAACGGCCGGCGAUCCCCUCCGAGCCCAUGAUCCUGGUGCAUGUCAACGAUCGGCUGGGCACGAAGGCCACGGUGCCCUGUCUGCCGUCGGAUACGGUGGGGGAUCUGAAGACGCUGGUGGCGGCGCAGAUCGGGCGGGCGCCGCGCGAGAUUCUGCUGAAGAGGCAGGGGGAGCGGCCGUUCAAGGAUUUUAUCAGUCUGGGGGACUAUGGGAUUACGAAUGGGGUGCAGUUGGAUUUGGAGAUCGGGACGGGGGAUUAG